AUGUCUUCAUCCGCAGUCCCAUCCUCCUCCAAUGGGAACGCUGUUGAGAACACUGGAGGUGAUAUUGUCAUUCCCAAUGUCUCGAGGAUCUUCGAAAUGCGCAAGAACUGGAUCAAAAAUGAGCGGCAGGACGCUGUCCAACGUUACGCCCAGAAAAGCCGGAGACUGAAUAGAAUCCUCGAAUCCAAUAUCCAGACCGACGUAUGGAUUCAACGAACCGAGCGUCUUCUGUCAUUUUUGGAGCACGAUUUUGAGAUCUCUCCGCGGUAUAAGACCGAGGCUCAGAUCGACGUUCUGCUGAAGAUGAUUUACGACAGAGAGGACUUCCAUUUCCCCGAGCCCUUGAAGCGACGCGCCAAGGCUCUCUAUGAGGAAUAUGAGGCUCAGAACUGGGGCCAGCGUGGCCCUGACGACGUCGAUAGUGACGACGUUGACCCCGAGGAAGGCGGUGACGACGAAGUUCUGUCCAACUCUCAAAACAUGGUAGCCGCACAUGCUGCCAAUGCCAAUCCUACCAUAGCGUCCAUCCGCCAACCUCCCGCCAACCAUCCCAUUUGGGGCGUGAAUGGUAUCAUGCACGGUGUGGUUCCCAAGCACGGCGGCAAAAAUGCCACCACGCAGCUCGACCGACGUUACCUCCGCGAGAAACGCUCGGCCAAAGUCUUUGGCCACAACGGCCUAACCCCUGGCGACUGGUUCCCCAACCAGCUGGUAGCCCUUUUCCACGGCGCCCACGGCUCCCGCAUCAGUGGCAUCACAGGCAACAUUCACACGGGUGCCUACAGCGUGGUGGUCUCUGGCCUCUACAAGAACGUCGACGAGGAUCGCGGUGACACCAUCAUCUACUCCGGUCCUGGCAGCCAGGACAACACCGACCCCGACGAGCUCCCCAAAGGCUCCGCCCAGGCUCUCCAGACGUCCCUGAACUCAGGCCGCCCCGUCCGUGUCCUGCGCAGCUCGAGGGGCGCUAUAUCUGUUGCCCCCUCCGUGGGCAUCCGCUACGACGGCCUGUACGUCGUCUCCCGGCGCCUGGCGCCGCAGAAGAAUGCCAAGGGCGGUCUGUUUGUCUGCUUCGUUCUGCAACGCAUCCCGGGUCAGGAGAGCCUCGAGUCCAUCUACUUGCGGUCGCCCACGCGUCAGCAGAUGGCUGACUUUAGUCGCAUCAAAGAAUUCUUCUGA